AUGGCAGCAAAUGGUAAUUCAUUGGUCGUUGACAAGAAUACUCACGGUUUAGAAUAUUACGAAGAAGUUGAUCACAGUACACUUGAUUUUCUCAAUCGAAAUCAACGUUCAAGAAAAGCACCGGCAAAACCUAUUCGGGAAGUGAUUCAGAUCGUCGAUCCUGUUCAAGAACUGAACAAACAAUUAAAUCGACAAUACCGACCUGAUCUUGCCGUCUCUACACCCGAAUCAUCAUCUGAAUCACCCGUUAGUUUACAAUCUGUUCCACAAACACCAAUUCCGAAUCCUGUUGUAUUCGAUGCACGUGUAAAACCUGCAAAACUAUCUGAAGAAAAUAAAGAACCAUCGAUCAGUCUCAAACGACAUUUACGUGAUCGUAUUCAUCAAAUAACUGCACCCACUCCCAUACUAUCAGAGGAGUUCAAUCAAGAAAAUCUUGUUAAUACAAACGAAAUACCACGUGCUGGUGUAACAAGAAUACCAGCAUUUGAAAAACAAAUGAGUAAACACGAUAGAUCUUCGAAAUAUCCACCACCUCAUCCCAUUGUCUCGGAUUAUCAACCUCCAACAGUGAAUUAUAAUAAUUCUAUUAAAAUGAAUAGGGUAGCACCGCCACCACCAAUACAAACAGAUUAUACUGUUAAAAAUUAUGAUCAGAACAGAUCCCAUAAACUUGUUCAACAAUCAUCAUCAUAUAUUUCAUCAAAUCCACAGUUUCAAUCAAAAUCUAUGGCUUAUCAAAAACCAAUACAAAACUCAAUUGAUCGAUCGAAACCGGAUAAGAGAAAGUCGAAAAAAACAACUGGCCAAGAUGCUACGAAUACGAAUCGAUCAUACGCUCUAUACAAUCAGCAAAACGGACGUAUCGAAGGUAUUGUCAAAAACCAAUUGAAUGUUGCUUCGGAUGACGCACUUGGAAGUCAAAUUGUCGAUGAUAACACUGCAACGAAAAGUAAACUGGCUUUGUGGCUUUCACAACCGCUGUGUUUAGGCUUGACACGAUUAACUGGUGGACUUUUAUUUGGAUCGAUGAUCAUUCUCGGUAUCGGUUCAUUUGCCGGUCUUAUUGCAUCGAUUGCUACUUAUAGUAUAGAUAAUGUCAACGAUGCUCAGUGGAAAAUUCUCGGUAUGGUUGUUUGUUCCAUUAUGUUGAUAACGAUAAUUGUGACAUUAAUUGUAUUUAUUUGUUGUUACAAAUAUGGUUAUAUGUUUAAUAAGGAUGAAGACAUGGAUGUCGAUGAUCCAUCAGCAGCGUACGAUGCAGAAGGAAAUGAACGGCAAAAGGCAGUUUUAAGAAAAAUUUACAAAUUUAAUCGUCCGGUUGACACAUCGUCAAUUCCAUCCGGAAGACUCCAAGAUGUUUCAACAACAGACUCAGUAGCCAAUCAAGUGGUCGAAGUAAAUGACAAACAAACAAAUACAGAAUCGACAAUCGCUGUCGUACGUCCCAAAGAUAUUGAACGCGGUGUUUGGGCAUCGAGAAAUGCUUUCGGAGGAAUUGUUUAUCGUCCACUUGUCCAGCCGACAAUGGUCUCUCGCAUUGUUCAAGUUCUUCCAGAAGAUUUCGAACUAAUGCAACCGACUCAAAUCAUGUAUCAAGUGGUCGUACCGCAAACGGCUGAAAUUCAAUCGAGAUAUGUUGAAGUACCCGUUCAACAGCCCUCGUACGUCGAAGUUAUUGAAACAAAAUCUAAACCAUCACGAACACUUCAACAGGCAUCUAUGGUAGAACGGACUGAGGCAAAAUCGAAACUGACAAGAGUAAUUCAAGAAGCACCUGUAGUAGAAAUGAUCGAGACAAAGCCGAGUCAGCCACGAGCGACAAUUGUUCGUCCACCACAAACUCAACACAUCGUUGUUCAACAAUCGGUGAAACCUCGUUAUGAAUACGUUGAGGUUGACGAAGAUUCAACAGUACUUCGAAAAGGUCGACCUCAGUAUGAAAUUGUUGAAGAAACUACCGAUGAAUCCGACGAUGCAUCUGUGGAAGAAAUUGUCGAAAUUGUUGAUGCACCUAAGCAUCUUCAACAACAACAGAAAUCGAAGAAAAAAAUUAAAGAGACUAGAAAAGGCUUUGGAAAUGUGCUUGUUAAACACGUGAAGUCCAACAACGAUGAACCUUAUAUGGUUGUUAGAGAUUAUCCUUCUUAA